GAAGACUAGUCUUAGAUGAAAAUGGCUUCGUCCACGGAUACCAAAACAGGGCUUGCUUAUCUUUAUUUUCGUCGUAUUCAUGUCAAAAGAGUGAUUUGGUGCUUGUUCAUCACUCUAACAAUAUCUUUAGUGCUUAUGUACAUGAAUGUUGUGUCUAUUCUAGACAAGGAGAAUAAUGGAAGAGUCUACAAAGAUCUGUUUGAGAGCAGACAGGACCAAAAGUACGAUACUGAAGACCAGGAUGACUUUGGCAACCUGGGUGACCUGCAGGAAAGGUCAACAAACUUGUUAUCGAGUCGGAUCAUCGAAUCGUCAGAGAUAAGCAUUGAUGGUUGGUGGAUGUCUCACGCAAGGUGGGAUUAUGAAGUGGACUGUGAUGCGGGGAGAAGAGGACUUUGUGCAAAGGUUCUUAAAGUAGGAUGCAGCCCAGACAGUGUGAGGUCCAUCUACCAAUUCUUGCCUGUUAAUCCACAUGUCAGGUUAAAAAGACUUCAUUUCUCAGCUCAAAGUGCAUCAACUAAUUUAAAGAGAUUCCCAGAAUCUGGGGGAGCAGCGACAUAUAGUGCAAUAGCUUUGUUGAAAUAUACUGACGAUACUACAGAGAGACUAAGAUUAGAGUUUCCUGCUGGUACGCAUUCAUAUUUGCCAGCAAAAAUAAAUAAGACGCUGGCAACAGAGAAGCAAGUAGAAAGCAUCACAGUUAUGCUCUGUUGCUAUGGUUACGAAGGCCAAAUCAAGUUUAGUGAUAUACAACUCCAUGCAUUUAGUGACAUUCCUUCAUCACACACCCCUCUGACCCGAGAUGAAAUGGUUGUUCCCUGCACUCGGAGAAAGCCUGCAUUCCUUCCCAAGAAACCCUCAUAUCGUACUGAGCAUGUCUUGACAGCCGACAACAUGCAGAUUCCCUUUGAUGAUGUGACCCUCAUCACCCAUGCCUCACUGGAUCGCAUCGAUGGUGUAUUGAGGAUGCUGAACAGCUGGGAUGCUCCUUGUUCCAUCUCCCUCUACCUCCCAAUCAAAGCGGAUGAACGAGAUGAAGAUAUCGAGUGGAAAAAGAUUUAUGUGUUUAAAAAGAUGAGAAUUUUACAAACGAGAGCCGACAUAGACCUCACGCUGGUGUAUUCCAAUACAAUGGAUGACGUGUACCCCAUCAAUUACAUGAGGAAUGUUGCAGUAAGCCAAGCAAAGACCAAAUAUAUUUUGUUAUUAGAUGCAGAUUUCUUACCAUCCCCAACCCUCCAUAAACACUUCUUGGAUGUCAUGGCGAUGUGGCAGGUCUCAGAGCAAAGAGACCAGAAGACAGCGUUUGUUGUUCCAGCAUUUGAUUAUAUUGAAGAAAAACAGGACCAAGCUGGUCUACCUCGUACCAAAGAUGAACUUAUAAGCCUCAUGAAACAAGAUCUGCCAGCUGUUUCUAUUUUCCGUUUCUAUGAAUCUCCUCUGUCGCAUCAACCAACAAACUAUGUACAGUGGUACAUGGCAAAUGAGCCUUACAAGAUAUCUUAUUAUGAAGAUAAAUAUGAACCUUAUCUUAUCUUGCAGAAAUCUGGGAUGCCUAUGUAUGAUGAGAGGUUUACUGGGUAUGGUAUGAAUAAGAUCACUCACAUCUUGGAGCUUCAUGCAGCAGGAUAUGACUUUGUAGUCCUCCCAGACGCAUGGGUGAUCCACAUCCCUCACCUGAUGUCAACCCAGAACUCUCGCUUCCUUAGCGAUCCAAUCAGCAGAUUGACCAAUCGUGUGACUCGCCUUGAGUUUGUAUCCGAUGUCAUGAGGAAGUACCAGAUAGGGGCAUGCAAGGGAUCACCGACAUAGCAAGCAGUGUAUGGGACUGAUUUCAGUCCAUCACGAAUGACAGCAGCUGGGCCUGAAAGAUGAUUUGAAACACCUAUCCCAGCACAAACGGCAGUUUGUGGGACUGCAAAGAAUGCUGAAAUAAAGUAUUAUGGUUUUUCUCAUUCAAGUGUGUGAUUUCAUUAGCAAGCUGAUGUGAGUUGUAACCAAGAGUUUUUAGGUUUUUUUUUUUUUUUUUCAUUUUUAAUCAGGUAUGUUGGAAAAUUUUCCAAACAGUAAUGUCAGCUGAAUGGCCACCAAAAAAAAUGUGUAACUCUUCAUUGUAUUGAAGUUUGAGUUUAUUUUGACAAAAAGUUGAUUUGAAUAAUUAAAAAAAAAAUUAGAAUACCUGGCAAAUGUCAUCAGAAUCAGAUGAAAAAUACAAAAGUUAUGACCAUUAAGUUUUGCUGAAUUUCUCAACAGUUGUACGCAAAACAUAUAUAUGAGAGAGUCGAUGGUGUCAAUUAUUAUUAUUCUGAAAUUUCUGAUAUUUUCAUUUUUGUGGAGUUGGAUAAUAAAGAAGUUCUUGAUCUAUGAGUUAUAAUUAUGGGGUUACAGAUUAAUUAAACCAUCUUUUACAUUUAACAGGAGUUCAAAAAAUGAAAAAAAAAUACAUUUCAUCUUAUAAAUAACAAAAAAUAGGUUUGUGAUGUCAUUUACAUAGCACCAUUGUUAUGCAUAUCUCUCUUUUGUGAAAUGAAGCAAAAAAGUGAAAUUCCAUAACUUUCUUAUUUUACAUUCAAUUUUGAUGAGAUUUAAUAGCAAUGAGUAGUACACUUCUUUUUCCCCUUUUUAUUCAAAUCAACUUGUUGUUAGAGUGGACUUUGCCUUUGAAUAUGAUUUUGUUACUCACUUGACUCUACAGACAUAGUUUUUCCCUUGCUCAAUGUAUAUUCUCAUCAUUAUUUCAUCUAAUGUAAAAUUUAUGUGCAUUUUAUUUAAACCCCACCGUAGUUUAUUGUUUACAAGUCAAAUGCAUUUUACAGGUAUAUUAUUUCAUGAAAUAUCUUGCCUGCUAUAUUUAUUCUGUUCUGGGAGUUUGAUGAGACUCCUUGGUUUUUAUCUGUUUAUUUUUAUGUAUUCGUAUUACAUAAGUAAUUUCUUUUGGUGCAUGCUAUUUGCUUUUUAAGGUGCUUGCAUAUAAAUUAUAACCUGAAAAUUUGGGGAUAUGAUAUUUAACAGUUUCUUUUAUUCAUUUAGGGCAUUUGGUACAGAUCCACUACUUUAUGUUACAACUCCUGCAAGUUCUUGGUAAUAAAAGUUAUAAUUUUCCCAUCUAGAACGCUGUUUUAUAGACAUCGUAGUUUUUUUCCAACUCUAUUUAUUUAUAUUUUAGUAUAAUUUUUUUUUCUAAUUUUCAAUGAAAUUCAAAGCUUCCCCUACAUACAACUCAUUAAUUUGUAUUUUAAUUGUGCAAUAUGUUCAGUACAAAAAAGACCUCUUGUGGGAAAUAGAAGUAAUGUGAUCAUUCCUUCUAUCCAUCAGACCUGUCUUUAUAUAUGGAAUACAUCUAUGCCACAUGGAAGAUCAUUCUUGCAUUAGAUCUUAACCCUAUGAACACUUUUCUUUUUCUCGUUUUGCAGAUUUACUCUCUUAUACUCCUUCACAAUGGAAACUUACAACCAUUUACCAAAACUAUGAUAAUAGAUACCUCUAUAUAUCAUAUACUGUAUAUGUUUUGUAUAAUUAUAUUUGAUAUAUAAAUACUGUAUUAUAAAAAUCAAGUAUGAAAAUUGAAUAAUUGAGAAAUUUAAUAAUCAAUGUUUUAUCUCUGCCUGAUAAGUUAACAAGAAAAAUGCACUCUUUACCAAAGGUAUUUGAAUAUUUUGACAUGGUGAUUUCUUAUCAGAAAACUUGCCUUUUUUCAUUAAUGUGGCCUAUUUUCCUGUAUUUUUAACAAUAAACCCCUAUAUAUAUGUUAGUAGAGAAGGAAGUAUUUGUAAUGGUAAUGAAGGCCCUGUGUCUGUUUCACACUCAUUCUCUUAAAAUUGUGAAAUAUUAUUUUACAACCAUAAAAUUAUGAAACAUGAUCAUGUAUUAGUUAUUGUAUUAUGUACCGGUAUGUAUAUAUAUUUUUUAAAUCUAUGUUCAAUUAUCUUUAUAUUCUUGCCUCUUUCUCGUUAUAUCAUAAUCAUUUCAUAGUAUUUAUUUACCAUGGGAGAUAUGAUGUAUAUUGAGUAUACUCCCUGGUAUACACUUCUUCUGCUUUUGAGAAGAAGGUAUUAUGGCUGAAUUCUGCAUUAUUUGCAUUAAUGAUGAUGAAAAUAACCCACUUUUAUACAAUGGUAUAUUAAACUUUAAAGUACAUUUGAAAAGAAAUGUUACGCCGUGCAGUGGGUACCUUUGACUAUUCUGAAGAUGUAUAACAAUGUAUGUUUUUCAUCACUAUUGUCAUCAUCAUCAUUACCAUCGUCAUCAUCUCGAAGCUCUUGAUAUACAUGUAUAUAUUUAUCAGCAAAUAAUGGGUGAAAAGGUAUGUUGUAGCAGAUAAAUGAUGCAUGUGACAUCUAUCAGAGGCGUGACAGUUCAGCUUUUGAGCUGAUAUUUUUUAAAUUUUGCUCUGUUUUCUUUUGAUUUUCAUAUUAAUUUCAGCUUAAUUUAGCUUUAAAUCCUCUUUACAUAAGUAUGGGAGCUCUUUCAAUUCCAGCUUUUUUCAACCGUCUUAAGGCGAUUCCAUACAUGUCGUACGGGACAUUUUGACAAAAAUUUCUAGUUCCUUAGAUGAAUGCUUGAACAAUAACUUUUUUUUGUCAAUGAUAAAGCUAUAGUGGGUAGUUAUUUGAAAAACUGAUAACUGACACAAAAAAGCUUGAUUAUGGGUGAAUUAUAGGUGAAAAUGUAGUGUUGUACGGUACGACAUGCAACAUUUUCACCUCUAAUUCACCCAUGGACAACAUUUUUUGUUGGUUGUCAUAUUUUUACAUGACUACCCAGUAGCACUGUAUUAUUACCACAAAAAAAUGAAGUUCCUUGUUUCUUUGGACAGCAGGUUUAAAAAUGUUGUGAAAAUGACUGAUUUUUCUAGCAUGGAAUCACCCCUAAGCUUUUUUCAGCUCUUGUAUAUGAUCACUCACACCCCUGUUUUACAUGUAAAUCUUUGAUCGCAAAUGCCAUUGAGUGUGAGAGAGGUUAUCCUUUGAAAUAAUUCUCUUGCUCUAUGAUUCUACCUUGAACUGGGUAACUGGAAAUAUGACACCAAAGCAUUAUAGUAUUCUCUUCAGCAUAAGAUUUAUGAUUAAGUAAUGGCAUGUACAUUUUUCUAACAAAAAAAAUCUGUUAUCAACUAUUUC